AUGUCCAACGCCACAGAAGAGGCCAAGGCAGCUUGGGAUGCUCAUGUCGACACCCGCACAGGCGUCGAGCCCCCCAAACCUGCCGAUCCAUCCGAACUCACCAACCUACGCAACACCAUUGGUACCUCAUUCAGUACUGUUGCGUCUCUAAUUGGAGCCGUCAAAGCCCCAGUUCCUGAUCAAACUGGCGAUGGCUCCAAAAUCGCACCCGAAGAGAAGGCUUCCAUUUACUCGAAGAUUGAGGGUAGCCUCCGAGACAUGUCUCACCUCGGAAUCCAGGACAUCAAAUCAUUAAUUGACAUCCAGAAGGAAAAGAUGCUGGGUGGUUAUACCGAUGAUAAGACUUACCUUAUGGAGGGUCUCAUUCGAACGGCUGCUGCGUUGCCUGAUGGCUCCAAGACAAGAGACGCCGUCACCAACAAGUUCCUCGAACAGUUAUGGAACGACUUGCAACACCCCCCGCAAUCAUACCUCGGUGCACAGUAUCAGUACAGGUCUGCAGAUGGAUCCAACAACAGUCUUAUGAACCCUCAAAUCGGUAAAGCCGGAACUCCGUAUGCGAGAACAGUGAAGCCAUCUGCUAUGCAGACUCCUGCACGCCCGGAUCCCGGCGUCGUCUUUGACAGCCUCAUGACAAGAAAGCACGCGGAGCUGCACCCCAACAGGAUAUCAAGCAUGCUCUUCUACCUCGCUUCCAUCAUCAUCCACGACUGUUUCCGCACUGAUCACGCAGAUUAUUCCGUCUCAAUGACGUCGUCAUACCUAGAUCUCGCGCCUUUGUAUGGUAGUAACCAAACCGAGCAAGACAGGAUGAGGACACACAAGGAUGGAAAGAUCAAGCCUGAUUGCUUUUCCGAGUCGAGACUGCUCUUCUUUCCCCCCGGCGUUGGCGCACUGCUGAUCAUGUUUAAUCGUUUCCAUAACUACACUGUCGAAAACCUGGCAGACAUCAACGAGCAAGGCCGCUUCACCAAACCAUCUGCUGAGGCACCAAAAUCCACUGGCGAUGUGGAAGUAGACAAGGUGACAAAGGAAAAGUACGAUGCAGCAUGGAAAAAGUACGACAAUGACCUGUUCCAGACUGGUCGCUUGAUCACCUGCGGUCUAUACGUCAACAUUAUUCUCAUCGAUUACGUCCGUACCAUCCUGGACCUUAACCGCACAGACAGCAACUGGCAACUGAACCCACGCGCUGACAUUCCAAAUUUGCCCAUGGGUGUCGGAAACCAGGUUUCAGCUGAGUUCAACCUCGUGUACCGAUGGCACUCCACCGUCUCUGACCGUGACGAAAAAUGGACGCAAGAAAUGUGGGAUGGUCUUUUCGGCGAAGGACGCGACCCCAAGACUGUUAACAAAUACGAGUUCUUGGGACGCUUGAACGAAGUGUACAAGAGGACCGACCCCGAUCCCGCGAAGCGUAAAUUUGCUGGCCUUGAGCGCAACAAGGACGGAACAUUGCCUGAUCAAGGUCUGGUAGAUAUUCUGACCUCUAGUAUCGAGGACUGUGCCAAUUCCUUCGGACCGAACAGAGUCCCUGCCGUAUUCCGUGCCAUUGAGGUACUCGGUAUUGAGCAGGCACGUGCCUGGAAUCUGGGUUCGCUCAACGAGUUCAGGAAAUACUUCAAGCUUGAGCCACACAACACUUUUGAAGACAUCACGUCGGACAAGUAUGCUCAGGAACAGCUCAAGCACCUCUACGAUCAUCCUGACAAGGUCGAGAUCUACCCGGGCAUCGUCGUGGAAGAUGCCAAACAGCCCAUGGCUCCUGGAUCCGGUCUCUGCCCUCCAUACACCGUAUCUCGUGCCGUAUUAUCUGACGCAGUAGCACUGGUUCGUGGUGACAGGUUCUACACACAUGACUACAACCCACGCACCCUCACAAACUGGGGCUACCGCCAGGCCGAUAGCGAUACCGCAAUCGACAACGGAUGCGUGUUUUACAAACUCUUCCUGCGCGCCUUUCCCAAACAUUUCAAAUACAACAGCGUCUAUGUACACUAUCCACUUACCAUACCUUCAGCUAUGGAGGUCGCUCUGAAAGAUUUGAAGAAGGACAAUCUUUACGACUUUUCGAAGCCAGUACAGACACAUCACCCACAUUUCUUCAAAGAGUACAAGCUAGCUACUCAGAUCACGAAGGAUCAAGAGACCUUCAAAGUGCUCUGGGGAAAGCCCAUGGAAUACAUCAUGGGUCCUGCAUCUGCAGACUUUAUGCUGGCUGGCGACGGACCUAAGAACAUAGCUUCUCGCCAAAUGAUGAGCAAAGCUAUGUACAUCUCCGAAUGGGACAAGGAAGUGCGCAAUUAUUACACACGCAAAACCCGUGAGCUGUUGAGUAAAAAGAGUGCGAAGAUCGCCGACUUCAACCAGGUCGACAUUGUCCGGGAUAUUGGAAACCUAGCACACGUCCACUUUUGCUCGGAGCUUUUCAUGCUGCCUCUCAAGACGGAAGAGCAGCCGAACGGCAUCUUCACGGAGGCCGAACUCUACCUCAUCAUGUCAUCCGUAUUUGCUCUCAUCUUCUUUGACGCUGAUCCUGCGUCCUCGUUUCCCCUGCACGUCAAGGCGCGCAAAGCAACUCAACUCCUCGGCAGUAUCGUGGAGGCAAACGUCAAAGCAAUUGCAAAAAGUGGCAUUUUGUCCAGCAUUAUGCAAGCCAUCUGGCCCCAAGAAAGCGCGCUCAAGAGUUAUGGAAAGCACAUGAUCAGACGCCUCCUUGAUAGCGGCAUGGACCCCAAGCAGCUCGUUUGGGGCCAUAUACUAGGAACUGCAGGUGGCAUGGUUGCAAACCAAGGCCAGCUCUUGGCCCAAACUUUGGAAUACUACCUGAUCGGCGAGGGCAAGGAACACUGGCCGGCAAUUCAAAAGCUCGCACUAGACGACAGUGAAGAAGCCUUCAAGACGCUGAUGCAUUACACGAUGGAAGGCGGUCGACUGAACGGCGAAACAGGCAUUAUUCGCGCCGUAGCAAAGGAAGUUUCGCUCACUGAAGAUGGCAAAACAACCAACCUCAAGCCUGGCGAUUCCGUUUUUGUCAACCUGCGUGCUGCCUCGCAUGACCCCUCUGCUUUCCCCAACCCGGAUGCAGUUGAUCUUACGCGUCCUCUGGAUUCGUACAUUCACCUUGGUCACGGUCCACACCAGUGCCUGGGUCUCCCAAUGACACGUGUAACGCUUACAACCAUGGUCAAGGAGGUAGCUAGGCUGAAGAACCUGCGACCUGCGCUGGGACCGCAGGGCAAGAUUCACAAGGUUGCUAAGAAGAUGGAGCCAGAGGGUGUGGAAGAAAAGUACCAAUACCAUGCUUAUUUGACGGAAAAUCAGGACAUGUACUUUCCGUUCCCAUGUGCUCUGAAGGUGUGCUGGGAUUAA